GCGGGCGGGCGCGGGGAGCGGGGCCGCGCUCCCGGGCCGCGCUCGGGACUUUGGGAGCGCUCCGGUGCGGGGCCCGCGGCCGGGGCCGGGUGGGCGGCCGCGGCUCGCAGAUGUCAAAAUUGACCUGGACUACUUGGGAAUGGCGAAACGUAGCCCUGGGAUCCUGCCAUGAACAGUGCAUGAAGAACAGAGAAGAUAUUUCUGCUUAUCAGAGAUGAUGUGGAGAGACUCUUUGGCAGUUACUAACCUCAGCGGCAUGGAUCAUUCUGUGCUCAGAGGCGAGGUGUCAGCAGUGCUUCAUGACAGAUCUCUGGUGGAAGAGGAGGAUCCUCAUAUGAAAGUAUCUCUUGGUAGCAGCGAUAUGGGCGUCUCUGCCCAUCUACAGUCUUCGAAGACAGGGACCACAAGAUUUUUCACCAGCAAUACUCACAGUUCUGUGGUAUUACAGGGUUUUGACCAGCUGCGAGUGGAAGGUUUGCUUUGUGAUGUGACGCUUGUUCCAGGAGAUGGUGAUGAAGUGUUUCCUGUUCACAGAGCAAUGAUGGCUUCUGCAAGUGAUUACUUCAAGGCUAUGUUCACAGGAGGAAUGAAGGAACAGGACUUAAUGUGCAUUAAGCUUCAUGGUGUGAACAAAAUAGGCCUAAAGAAGAUCAUUGAUUUCAUUUAUACCGCAAAACUUUCCCUUAACAUGGACAAUCUUCAGGACACUCUGGAAGCUGCUAGCUUUUUGCAGAUUUUACCUGUUUUGGACUUCUGUAAAGUGUUUCUUAUCUCUGGGGUUUCAUUGGAAAACUGUGUUGAGGUUGGGCGAAUUGCCAACACAUACAAUCUCACAGAAGUGGAUAAAUAUGUUAAUAAUUUCAUCCUGAAGAACUUCCCUGCAUUAUUAAGUACUGGUGAAUUUGUGAAACUCCCCUUUGAACGUCUUGCCUUUGUGCUUUCAAGUAAUAGCCUUAAGCACUGCACUGAACUUGAACUCUUCAAGGCGGCUUGUCGCUGGCUGCGGUAUGAGGAGCCUCGGAUGGAGUAUGCUGCAAAGCUAAUGAAGAACAUCAGAUUUCCCUUGAUGACGCCCCAGGAUCUUAUUAAUUAUGUUCAAACAGUGGACUUCAUGAGAACUGACAAUACCUGUGUAAACUUGCUUUUGGAAGCCAGCAAUUACCAAAUGAUGCCAUACAUGCAACCGGUUAUGCAGUCAGAGAGAACUGCCAUUCGAUCAGACAGUACUCACUUGGUAACGUUGGGGGGAGUGCUGAGGCAGCAACUGGUUGUGAGCAAAGAAUUACGGAUGUAUGAUGAAAAGGCCCAUGAAUGGAAAUCGCUAGCUCCCAUGGAUGCACCAAGGUACCAGCAUGGCAUUGCUGUGAUUGGAAACUUUCUUUAUGUAGUUGGUGGCCAGAGCAAUUACGACACAAAAGGAAAGACAGCAGUUGAUACGGUCUUCAGAUUUGAUCCUCGCUAUAACAAGUGGAUGCAAGUCGCAUCAUUAAAUGAGAAGCGUACCUUCUUCCACCUAAGUGCCCUCAAAGGACAUUUGUAUGCAGUUGGUGGUCGAAAUGCAGCGGGCGAGCUAGCCACUGUGGAAUGCUAUAAUCCCAGAAUGAACGAAUGGAGCUAUGUUGCAAAAAUGAAUGAACCGCACUAUGGUCAUGCUGGAACCGUGUAUGGAGGUUUAAUGUAUAUUUCAGGUGGAAUUACACAUGAUACUUUUCAAAAGGAACUUAUGUGUUUUGACCCUGACACAGACAAAUGGACUCAGAAAGCUCCGAUGACAACCGUCAGAGGUCUGCAUUGCAUGUGUACUGUAGGAGACAAGCUUUAUGUUAUUGGUGGAAAUCACUUUAGAGGAACAAGUGAUUAUGAUGAUGUUCUAAGCUGUGAAUAUUAUUCACCAACUCUAGACCAAUGGACUCCAAUUGCUGCCAUGUUACGUGGGCAAAGUGAUGUUGGGGUGGCUGUCUUUGAAAAUAAAAUCUAUGUUGUUGGAGGAUAUUCUUGGAAUAACCGGUGUAUGGUGGAAAUAGUUCAGAAAUAUGAUCCAGAAAAAGAUGAGUGGCAUAAAGUAUUUGACCUUCCAGAAUCACUUGGUGGCAUUCGAGCCUGCACUCUUACUGUUUUCCCACCAGAGGACAAUACAGGGUCACCAUCUAGAGAAUCUCCUCUUUCAGCACCUUAGAAACAUCCCUUGACUUACGAUGUUGUAGUAACACCUUUGCACUGCAUCAUGGAGUCUAUUAUUUUUCUUCAGUAGUUUCUGUUAGGCUUAGCCUACAGCAUUUGGUACAAUUACUGGAAAAAAAAGACUUUGACAUUAUUUGUGCUGUUUGUCUGGCCUAGAAUGUUUGUCAAGUGGUUAACAAAAAAAAUGUACUCACAUGAGCCAAAUGUUUAACAAAUGGGAAGAUAUUGUCUGUAAAAUGUAUGAAUUAGGUACGUUAUUAAUGUUGUGUAUUGGGUGUGAGGUACCUUACAACUUAAUUUGGAAGCCCAGUGAGUCGCAUUUGAAGACUUUGUAUUGAACUCAUUCUUUCACUAAAUUUCAUAAUUAAAAUCCAUUUUCCUUUCAUUUUUAACUGCAGAUUACAAAGGGAGGUAGACUACAUCAAUGUUAGCUAUGACAGAAGGUUGCCAAGGGGCCUGAGCUACCUCCCUCUUUUCACAGAGUAUUUUUGACAUAUCUGUUUACCAACCUGACGUUGUGGGUUUGUUCAGAGCGUACAAAGUUUCUUAGGCAGAGGGGAGAAAUAAUUAAUUUAAAAAUAUUAGUACUAUACAGGAAUUGGACCUUGUAGAGGCUGAGGGUUUUUUAUAACAUGAUGAGUGUUUUUCCUGAGUCAGUUGAGUGAUGCUUCAAACACAAGAUUUAAAAUAUUUGGGUAUUUUUAAUUCACGUCUUUUCAGGAAUUGGCUUCCGCCUACAUGGGGGCACACACUAUAUCAAAUGGGAAUUCAGUGCAGUUGUAUAUUCUGUUGUGCACCUGUACUGAAUAUAGUUAGAUAAGGGCUAGAAACAUUAACUUAAGCCACUGAAUUUGACCGAAAUUUUCCAUCAGUUUAAAUUUAAUCUUUUUCUCCUUUGCUGUUGAGAUAACUUGCAUAAUGUGUCCUCUGUAUAGUCUCAGUUAAUAAGGUUAUUUAGCACAAAGUGCAGCUUCAGCAGGAGAGCUGCUUUUGCUCAGUGAACUUGGACUACCACAUUUUACCUUCUUUUGUUCAAUAAAACUUUUAACUGCA